GGCCCCGGCCCGGUGCCCGGCCCCAUCGCGGCCCCGGCCCCGGCCCCGGCCCCGCCAUGCCGCCCGCCCGCGCCGACUACCUGGCGCCCUGGUGGGCGGCCUGGCUGCACGGGGUGCCGCACCGCGACCUGCGCCUGCAGCCCGUGCCCGCCGCCUUCCGCCCGCGGGACCCCGAAUACCAGCAGUCGCUGCUUUUCCUGGGCUUGGUGGCCGCCGUCUGCCUCGGCCUCAACCUCCUCUUCCUCACCGCCUACCUGAUCUGCCUGUGCUGCUGCAAGAGGGACGAGGAGCCCGAGACCAAGCGGCCCCACUCCUGCUGUGUCACCUGGAUGGCCGUCACCGCCGGGCUCAUCUGCUGCACGGCCGUCGGCAUCGGCUUCUAUGGGAACAGCGAGACCAACGACGGGGUCUACCAGCUGCUCUACGCCCUGGACAACGCCAACCACACCCUGACCGGCAUCGACUCGCUGGUGGCGGGCACCACGCUGCAGCUGCAGGUGGGGCUGGAGCAGCACCUGGGGCGGCUGAGCGAGGCGCUGGCCCCGCGGGCCGACUACCUGCAGACCCUCAAGUUCCUGCAGCAGCUGGCCGGCAGCGUCGUGCUGCAGCUCUCGGGGCUGCCCGUGUGGCGCGGGGUCAGCGCCGACCUGACCGCGCUGGCCGCCCGCGCCGCCUACGUGGAGUACUACCGGUGGCUGGCCUACCUCCUCUUCUUCAUCCUCGUCCUCACCAUCUGCCUGCUGGCCUGCCUGGGGCUGGCCAAGCGCUCCCGCUGCCUCCUCACCAUGAUGCUGUGCUGCGGGCUCCUGACCCUCGUCCUCAGCUGGGCUUCCAUGGCCCUGGACACGGCGGCGGCGGUGGGCACCAGCGACUUCUGCGUGGCCCCGGACAAGUUCAUCAUGAACCAGACGGAGAGCGAGAUCAGCGCGGAGGUGGUUCACUACUACCUGUAUUGCGAGCAGAGCCUGAGCAACCCCUUCCAGCAGGCUCUCACCGUCUUCCAGCGCUCGCUCACCACCAUGCAGAUCCAGACCCAGGGCCUGAUACAGUUCGCGCUGCCCCUCUUCCCAACGGCUGAGAAAGACCUCCUGGGGGUCCAGCAGCUCCUCAACGCCUCGGAGACCAGCCUGCACCAGCUCACGGCCAUGCUGGACUGCCGGGGUCUGCACAAGGACUACCUGGACGCCCUGAUCGGCAUCUGCUACGACGGGGUGGAAGGGCUGCUCUACCUGGUCCUCUUCUCCCUGCUGGUGGCCGCCUCCUUCUCCACCAUCAUCUGCGCCACGCCGCGCGCCUGGAAGCACUUAGCGGGCAGGGACCGGGACUACGACGACAUGGACGAGGAAGACCCCUUCAACCCGCAGGCGCGCCGCAUCGCCGCCCACAACCCGGCGCGGGGGCAGCUCCGCAGCUUCUGCAGCUACAGCAGCAGCCUGGGCAGCCAGAGCAGCCUGCACCCCCCCGCGCAGACCAUCUCCAACGCCCCCGUCUCCGAGUACAUGAACCAAGCCGUGCUCUUCGGUGGGAACCCGCGCUACGAGAACGUGCCCCUGAUCGGCAGGGGCUCUCCCCCCCCCCACGUACUCCCCGAGCAUGCGAGCCACCUACCUAUCCGUCACCGAUGAGCACGUCAGGCCCUUCAACACUGAGUUCCCAGCCUAGCGUGCUGGCCCCGAGCAGCUCGUGGGAGGAGAAGAAGCCCCCGGCACUCCUGUGAUGGAAACCAAAGACCCCCGGCUCCCCGCGGCGCAGGUCCGGGGCAGCCCCCCAGGAGAGGCGGACGAGCCCUGGCUGCUGGAGCCCCUCACACCCCGCUCUCUUCCCUCGGCAGCUUCUGCUGGCUCUCACGUCUUCCUGCCUGCCUUACGGGAUGCUUCCCGGCACUAACAGCAGGUCUCCGGCCGGCAGCGGGGCUGCCGCUGCACCGCCAGGGCUGGGGAUGGUUCGUGCCCACCACCUUCUCCCCCUUCCCACCCACGCCAGCUCGGGGUUUUCAUGCCACGGAUGGGGGCCGUGUCUGGCUUCCUUUUUCUGGAGGGCAAAGACCAGGACCGUGGGCUGCCUGCCCCACGUGCGGGGGCCCGGCCGGUGGCUCCUUCACCCCCGUAGCAAUGCAGACCCAACCACUAGUGAUCCCGGCGCUGUCCCCGCAUCCCCAUGCUGCCCCCUGGCCCUGGGUACGGGGGUGUAGGGUGGGGAUGUUUUGGCCUUGCUGUUUUUCCUUUGCUUUGCGUCUGGGUUUUAUGAAUUACCUGCAGGGCAGAGGUGCCGUGCGGCUCACUGCCUCUGCUCCAGCUCGGUUUUACUGCAGUGCAUGGCGGUCGGAGGUGUUUGGCUGGUCUGUAGGCUCUUGCUGGCUGUUCUGCUCCCUGGGGCAGGCUCCCCUCUUUUGUUCAGGAUGGCUCCGGGGUAACCACACACUCCCUGGAGAGGUUUAGGGACUACUCGGGCAUCCCCAGAGCAGGAUGCAGCCCUGUGGCUGGCUGUGCCAAGAGGGGAGGGCACGUCCCUGCUGUCCUGCCUGGCAUUGCCAGGGCUUCGGGCUAAGCAAGGGCACAGCUCUUGGGACGGAGCCAGGGAGAACCAGCGUGAGCUGAACCAGGGCCUUUGUGGCUGCUCAUUUUGGGGUGGACUGUCCUGGGAACCUCUGGGCCCCUGUGCUGCUGGUGUUAGUCAUUCAUCCCUCCCUGCUCCCUGCUCUGCCAGCUUCACAUUGAGCUGACAGCACCACAGACGGGGAGCACGGGCUGUCCGUGGGGCAAGCGGAGCCCUGCUGGGGUUAUUACUUGAUGGCAGUGACUCACUGUGUCUUUUAAAGAUAACUUGUACAUACCCUUCUGUCCCCUAAUGUCAUCUGUCCGUGUUACAUGUGACUAGCAUUACGUGCUGUUGGAACUUCCCGUUUUUUUAUUUUUAUUUUUUUGCUUUUAAUGUUUUGAUGUAACGGUACUGGUAGCAGAGCUGUUUUUCAGCGCAUGUGAACUAACCUCAUGAGGACUCCUUCUCGGAGGAGCGGGAGUCCUGCCUGAUUUGUAUGUGCCCUUGAGGGGAAAAGACAAUAAACACUUGUACUA